AUUUCGUAUUUUUGUUGCAGUGAAUUGCUUACCUAGAUCAUGUAGGGGUGACAAGGCUGUUAACGUUGCCACCCAAAGGCCAACCAGAAAAACUCAAUCACAAGCAACUGGAUCUUCCAAUACUAUUGUCCAAGAGUCUCCGAUGGACACAAGUAAUGAUGAUGGUGACACUGAUUCAAGUGCACCAUCGCCUCCUCAACCCAAAAAGGGGCGAGGUAUUGCUAAAGGGCAAAAAAUGCCAGAGGAUCCAACCCAGAAGCUGAGCAUAGGGAAUUGGAAUGGAAAAAUAUUACCUAAACAAGUCCGAAAGGAUAUUUCAAUAAUUCUUAAGUCCAAUAUACGAGAUGCAUAUACAGGUUGGGCCUCAAUAUCACGUGAGCACAAGGAUGUGUAUUGGCAAGAUUUUCGGAACAAAUAUGAGUGGGACCCUGCUCAUGAGGAUGCUGUUCAUACAGCAUUUCUACGAGUUUAUCGAAAAAGAUAUAACCGAAUGAUGACUGAUAUUCAAACCUCAUGCAGAAAGAACAAUUUUACUGAAAAAAAACUAUACAUGUCUGAUGAAGUUUGGGAGAAGUUCAAGUACAAAUGGAUGGAGGACCCUCAGUUCAAUGCGCGCAGAGAGCGAGGCAAGGCAAAUCGAGCAAAGGGCCCUAGGGUAACCCACACGGGUGGAUCUAUGGAUUACGAUGACUUUGUGAGAAAAUUGAAGGAAAAGGAUCCAGAACAUAGGGAUCCAUCAUUUGUUGAUGUGAUCCGUGCCAAAAAAAUGCACCAUCCAAAGGAAAAAGAUAAAAUGCCAACAUAUAUUGAUGAGCAGGCUCAAGAGUAUACUGAAAGAUUAAAUGCAGAGGCCAUUCUGAAAUAUGGAGAGGAUACAACUACAUGGCCAACAACAGUUGACGCCCAGCUCUUGUCCCAAGUUUCAGGUGGACCUUCAAAAGAUGGGCGACUUUAUGGCAUGCCUAUAUACAUGGAUCCUGAGGAGCAAGGAGUCUCACAUCGCAAGCGUCCACCGCAUACCAUACCUGAUAAUUCUGUUCAAUCAUCCCAACGGGGAGGGAUGCAGGGAGGGAUGCAGGGAGGGAUGCAAGGAGGGAUGCAGGGAGGGAUGCAAGGAGGAAUGGAAGGAGGAAUGCCUGGAGGGAUGCAGGGAUGGAUGGAGGGAGGGAUGUAGGGAUGGAUGCAAGGAGAUGGAGGGGCUGGGACAAGUGGGGGAGCAUAAUUGGCAUUGUUUUCACUCAGUUGAUCUUUAUAUCAGAACAUAUUCUAUUAUUAUAUAUGAAAUGGACAUGUAUGAGAUAGGGGCAUAGUGUUGUAAUUAGUUAGUAUUUUAGAUUAAAACACUUUAAUUAUG